AUGACCCUAACAAAACUGAACUUCAUCACCGGAAACAAAAAUAAGCUUGCCGAAGUGCGGGCUAUCCUUGGUAGCGUUAUUGAGGUAGACAACCAAGUAGCCGAUAUCCCUGAGAUCCAGGGAACAAUCGAGGAGAUCGCCGAAGAGAAAGCCAGGCGCGCAGCUGAGGCGGUAACCUCUUCCUCAAUUGUCUUUCUUCAAGUGGGUGCGCUCGAAUUCCGUGCCCUUAAUGGUCUCCCUGGACCCUAUAUCAAAUACUUCCUCGAUGCCUUAGGCCUCGAAGGCUUAAAUCAGUUGCUUGAUGGAUUCGAGGACAGGACAGCUGAUGCUGUCUGCACAUUUGCGUUCUGUGAGGGGCCCGGGGCUAGGCCAAUUCUAUUCCAAGGAAAAUCCACGGGUACCAUUGUGCGGCCACGAGGCCCCUUGAAUUUCGGCUGGGACCCUAUCUUUGAGUAUGAUGGAAAGACCACCUUUGCUGAGAUGAAGCCGGAGGAAAAGAACCUCAUCUCUCACGGGUACAAGGCGCUGGUGAAAUUGCAGCAGUGGCUGGCCGAAGCCAACAGAAACUAG